AUGUCCAUAAAUAACAAUAAAUUUCAAAAAGAAAAAGUAGUAGUAUGUUGAUAUUAGAAAGAGGUAAAGUUUGUUAGUUAAUUUUUACGUAGGGGUAAUCUCUGGAAACUAUUUAGAAAAUUUACCUACAGAAAGCCUUUAUAUUUGGGAUCGUUCUCAGCUAUAUAUUAACCUGAAAAAAAAAACUAAUAAACCGGGCAAGGGUCAGCUAGCGAAGGCUUAAAAAGGGAGGCAUUUAAAUUUCCUCUUAGUAAGCGACAGUAAUACCGAAACCGUUUCGUUAUCUACAUGCUAAGCUUCGACAAUAUGCAAAAGACCCAAAAAAGUGUUAGUACGCGGGUUUUUUCAAUCCCUUUAAUUUUAUUAAGAUAUGCCGGAAGGUGUGAGGCAGCCGGCACAUUCCCUAGGCGCCGCUCUGAUUAGCUAUAUUGCCUUAUCUGGCCUUGUAUACAGGGUUGGGCCACUGAAUAAGCGAGGGACAUUGAAAUAACUUGAUAAAAAUACAUUUAGAAGAGUUUUCACAAAUUGACCUUAACUGUCUAUUGCAUCUUUGAUCAUAAUAGUUAAGACUGCUUUGGCCUACAGCAGUUAAAAAAUAGGCUUAUUAAGGAUUCGGUGGUUUAACAUCCCAAUCUACGAAAAAAUCAUUCACGCUACGCAAUUAUAUAUGACAGAUGUAUUUGCAUCGCCAUGUAUUUAUCUCUCUAAAUAUUUAAUUCCUCUUUUAAAGAGCGUCUUUGUUCAAUAGUUUUAGUACAUUAUUGUACCAUAACCUUGAUUUAAAGGGCAGUCAAUGUCAAAUAUAUGUGAUAUGAAUAUUAAAAUGCAAGUUUAAAGAAACAUUUUUUGAUAAGUAGUAGUUACACGUGAUGCGUAAUGAGUUUAUGCUAAAAUGAGCAAACGUCUAAAACAAAAUAGGCAAUUAGAUUUUGCUCCGUAUAAGUAAUAUAAAACCCAAUUAAGUACUAGUCGAAAUCGCGAUAGUGUAAGCUUAAAAAAAAACAAAAGAAAGUGGUCACCCACCGAAUUUACGACUUUAGGAACGUUGCUUGACCUCGAUUUUGACAUUUAUUAUCGCUGCACGACAUAGACUCUGUGACCGAUUUGGCGGAUAUAUAUACAGGGGAACCUUAGGAAUAGGUUUCUGUUUUUUCCUUUUAGAAGAAGGUUAUGUAACUUCAUCGCUAACUUUAUGGCCCUACCCUUAGUAUACCAGGGGGUGCCACGUGAACGAAAUACAAAGGGGCGACACCGUAAAAUAUACAACGAUACUACCCAAAUCUUGGCGCUUUAUCUACUAAAACAUUGCGAGGUUUAAUGAUGCCUUAAAAACCUAUAAAAAAAGCCCAAAAUAGGGGAUAACACUGUCAAUCAUCAUGACUUUUUGAAUACAUAGCAAGACUAUUAAAAAAUGAACCGUCGCGAUACUUCGAUAUAUCUUAUCUCUUUUUUACUCUUGGUAAGUUCUCGUUGAAAGAAAUUCGGUGUAUUCGUGAAACGCUUGUAGUAAUCUGUCAUAUCUGGAUGUUCCAUUAUGGAUAAUUCUAAUUGAGUAAAAACUUUUGCUUGUGGAUAAAGAGAUACCGCGAAUUCCUUGGAACAUGAAUAUGGAUUAUUUAAGAGUAAGUAUCAUUAAAGACUUCUGUAAAUUAUAUCAAAAGAAAAUAACAUGAAUUAUGAAUGUAAUUAGUAAUUUUAACACAAGUUAUCAACAAGUCAUCACAUUAAUGAAGACUAAUUUGGACCAAAAUUAAUAAUAUUAUUCAGAAUUUGACUGGCUCUUACAUAAACGUGAAUAUUCUCUAGACUCAUAAAUAUUUUAUGGUUUCAAUAUUUAUUUUAAUACAUCACGAUAAAAAUUUAAUAUUUUCCGUUCUUUUUAGAACAUUUUGAAGGAAAAACAUGCUGUGAGACAUGUCGAAAUAAAAUGAAGUAUUUUUACAUAACAAUUUUGGUACUUUCUCUUAACGUUAUACAAGCAUCUAUAUACCAGAGUCUGAAAAAAAAUGUUCUUUCAAUAUUGCAAAAGAAGGAUGAUCAUGAACCGGCACCCGUACAAAGAGGAUCGAUGAGGUACUUCCAGUCGAAGAAACAAGAUGAUGCCAAGGAUGUUAAAUCGGCUCACAACAAAGCAAACAUCUUGAAAAGUGUCCGAAACCAUGAGGAGAACUUGAACAUUGGUCGUGACAUGCCUUCGUCCAAACUGACUGAAAGUCUAGAUAAAAAGAUCGGAAGAGAAUAUUACCACAUGGAUCCCGUUCUAAAUGAGCUGAAGCGAAGGUCUCAGCGCAAGAACUAUAGAAGAAAGGGCAGCGGGUCGUCAGACAAUGAUGACAGCUCAAGUUUGGAAAUGAAGUUCUGGAUGGACGAGUGGGAUGAACACUGGAUGCAGAAGAAGUUCGAGGCGCUGAACUCCACGAAGCCACGCGGUGACGUCGUCAAUAUGGUGGCAGCCAGACCAUGGGGCGUUCCGUGCGGAGAUCCCAACCAGCACGACAUGCCCUGGGGCACCUGUAUGCUUGCCGUCGAGUGCGACGCUGAGUACCGCAUCUACCGCGGAGACUACUUCUGUGGAAGGACUCACUACAUUUGCUGCGCCCUCCUACUGACCAACUACGACAUGUAUCAAGGUCUAGAUAUCUCCUUCGACGACAGCAGUUUCUCCACUGACUCCAACGAGAAGAACGCUAAAGGAAACUCAGCAGAAGACGAAAGGAAGAAACGGAAAGCUGAAAGAAACAAACGUAAGCGGGAAAGAGCAAAGCGAAAGCGUGACAUCAAGAAAACCAUCAGGAAGAUAGUGACGGAGAUCAGGAAGAUUCUGAAUAGAGCUUGGAGAAACGGAACGGCUCAGCGGAAGAGGAAGACCAAGGAGCUGAAGAAGUUCAUAGAAAAUCUAAAGAAACAAUACAGGAAAGACCGCAAGUCCGUUGUCAGUGUCCACGAAUACGAAAUGGUUAAGAUCGACACUGAUCUGCAGAAGCGACUGGAUCAAAUCCAAAACGUUAACCAGGCCUUCAUGUCCAACGAUACGUUUAGAGAUAUCAUAGUGAAUGGAACGGUCAAUGAGGAGAAGCUGAGAAUGCUACUGCGAAGUUAUCCGGAACUGGGGAAAAUGUUGGGGAGGGGGAAAAAGAAGAAGAGGCGUUCCAAUGGACUGGACUUCGAUGCCUUCCCGACGCCAGUGAAGAAGGAUGAACCGGAUAACAAACCGGUCUUGGAGUAUGAUCUCGAGUAUGGUAGACUAUAUUACUGAAUAAUAAAUAUCCAUUUGGUUAUAUUAAUGUGUUUUGAAACUACUUAAAGAAAGAGAUGUUAUUUGGUCUAUUAGGUGGUUAAAGGUUUCGGGCUAACAUAGGAAAUGCACUGUGGUUCAGGUUUAGUCAGUAAGAAUCUGAAACUACCCACUUCCUCCCCCUAAGAGGUGGAUGUCCAUGAGGGGUCCCCCGCCUAACCAAGCGAGAGGUGGUAAUAGAUUUAAAUUAAUAAUGGGCCAAAAAUUGUCUCUUGUUCAAAAACUGUUAAAGAUAACAUCAGUACACCUUAUAUUGCUUUAAAGGUGUGUUAAACCACGUCAGAGGCUUACAAGCGGGUACUCUAAUAUCAGAUUGAAUAUCAACCAUACGAAAAAAUGAAUAAGGUUUAAAAUAUCUCACCGUCUUUACGGUACAUUAUCAGCAUUUUUUUUUGGCUGACUAACACUUCUUUAAUUCGUAACUUAUAAAUCACUUAAUAUUCCCCUGCCCUUGCUGAAUGUCUUCGCUCCACCCAAUAUUUUUAUGAGCCAUUAUUAACUGUCGUUAUCCACCAAACCGCUAUUAUAUUACAGCUUUCACGCUUCAUAAAUUUGUUAUUCAUUAUGUCGUUAUAUAUUUUCCGUGGAUCAUAUAAAUUGCAGCCAACCAGCCAUCCAGGAUUAUAAAUUUUGGCUUCGGGAUUUGCACAUUUUAACACCAAAUUGUGAUUAAUCAGUAGAGAUGACUCCGGUUGUUCGGAUAUAGGAUUACAUUUGAUUCGUUUAUAUUUAAUGGCUUGAUCUUUUUCGGUCUGUAUUUUGGUCACAAUGAAAUUCGUAACAUGUUUGUCUGCCCACACGUAUAAAAUCUUAUUAAAAAAAAACGGGUCAAGCGCGAGUCUUAUUAGUGACAUUGUACAAAUGAUCUUAAGUAAAACAAACAUGUUGGGUACUCAUCAAUCUUUUGACCGUGCCGACUUUUACCUACUUAACAUCGAUUGUUGUACCUAGUGGCUUAAAAAAUUCAACUGACUAGGUAUCACGUUUCAUAGAUAAGGAGCAGCUUAGUGAUGGACAGACACACGGAGGGAACUUUAGUAAUACGGUUCACCUUCCACCCGUUGAGGACGGAACCCUAACAAUUCAUAAAAUUCUUCCUGACAGUUUUU